UAGUCAUGCGCAUGCGCGGUGAGUAGUGGUCUGGUGCCUGGUGGUUGUAUAAUCUUCUUCUCUGAUGGACGUAUUUAAUACUUUUAGUACUAAUUAACUGUCCAAUUCAAUGUCAAAGAUUAAAUGAAAAAAAAGCCGUAUUGACUGUUACGAUGUUAAAUAGUCGCCAAAGACUAAAUACAUGAACAAUAUAUUCUUGGCUGUGUGAUCGUUCCGCUGUUUUAUAUAUGUGUUCAUAAUUUAUCUGGGAGUGUGGGCAAGUUGAGGUUUCUUCUCUGAUUUCGUUUCCUGAGAUAAAUAAAGUAGGGAGCGGACAAUGUCGUACGUGUGUGUGUGUGUUACAUUAGCCAGCUAGAAAUCCAAGAAACUGUAACGGAAACGUGAUUUUAAAUCAUUUUCGAAUACGGUUUAGUUGUUGUUGCGGCUGCGGCAAGUGUCUCAUCUCUGGCGUCGACGUGCACCCAAAGUGUUUUUGCGUAUGACGUCAUUGUCCACGCCUGCAACGUCGUGUCCUCGUCCCGGAGCUGCUCCAACGACGCCUCCACGAGCGCGCAGCCCCGCGGAGGAGCCGCUGAGCCGUAAAUGGUGAAGACUUCACCCUCGUCGGCGACACAGGGCGGAACGAGAACCGCUUGAUACGUGAGGAACACACAAGGCGACGCAAAAGCAGGAAAUACGAGUGGGGUCCCGGUCUGGAAGAGAUAGAAAUACCACUAUUCUCCACGCUCACGGCACACUUUUGACUGAGGAAACCCGCAGCGCCUGUCUGAGCCUGCCUUCAACAACAGCUUGAGUGGAGACUGUCCUGUACUCUGCAAUGGCUCUGUUGACCCUGCAUAGGCUCCCAUCCAUCUCCACCUCUCCAGAUGAAACCCUCCAAAGAAGAGGGAGACUUCAGAAAAGGGAGAGCUUUGCCCUGGUGAAGGGGGCAGUCCUUCUGCUGGAGGAGGGCGAGAGGGUGAGCCUUGAUGAGGGGACUUGUCCCACUCCACCUUCUCCUCUAAAGGAAGACGGUGAAGCUCCAGACACAAGGCGCAGACACCUUCACGCCAUGGUUGAACAGCUCCGACCAGACGAUACCAUUAAGCUGGCGGUGCAGUUGGAGUCCGUCAGCUCGGUCAGAGUCAGGUAUCUGAUCGUUAUCUCCACCCUCGGCAACAAACAAGAGAGCAUCCUGCUGGGCAUGGAUUUCCCCAACCCAGAGAGCGAUCAGUGCACCAUUGGCCUGGUUCUGCCAAUAUGGAGCGACACACAGGUGUAUCUGGAUGGAGACGGCGGUUUUAGCGUGACCACAGCUGAAGAGAUCCGAAUCUUUAAGCCCGUUUCCAUGCAGACCAUGUGGUCAGUGCUGCAGGUUUUGCAUGGGUGCUGUGAGAGGGCGGUCAAUGCAGCGGUGAUCCCAGGCAAUGGCCUGGAGUGGGCCCAACACUACCACCAGCAGACCGAGUCAGACCGCCUCUGCCUAAACGAGUGGGAGGCCCUAAACGACUUGGAGUCGGUCCGCAGGGACAGUUAUGGAGAUGGUUCAGAAGAGAGAAUUUCAAAUGAGGGGCUGAUCAAAGUGCACCUGAGAGACAUCAUGAGGACUGAAGACCUGGAAAACCUCACAUCUAAAAUGGUGCACUCUGCUUUAGAGACCAGGAUAGGCUUCGACAUGAGACCCUUUAAGGAGUACAUUGACAAUGAGAUCCUGGUCACCAUGGCUCAGAUGGACAAACCCUCCAAAAUAUUUGACUACCUUUACCUGGGCUCUGAGUGGAACGCAGCUAACAUUGAGGAGCUGCAGAAAAACAAUGUGGGCUAUAUUCUGAAUGUGACGAGGGAGAUUGACAACUUUUUCCCAGAGUCCUUCACUUAUAUGAACAUCAGAUUAUACGAUGUGGAAGCCAGCGACCUUCUCCCUCACUGGACAGACACAUACAAGUUCAUCAACACUGCCAGGAAGCGUGGACAGGCUGUGUUGGUGCACUGUAAGAUGGGCGUUUCUCGCUCUGCUUCCACGGUGAUUGCCUACGCCAUGAAGCAUCUGCACUGGCAACUGGAUAUGGCGUUGACCUACGUCAGGGAUUGCCGCUCCAUCAUCAAGCCAAAUGAAGGCUUCACGAAACAGCUGCAAACCUACAACGGCAUCCUAAAUGCGAGCCAGCAGCGUCACAGCACCCUCUGGAGGCGAAAGUCGAGAGACCAAAGACAAAAGUCAUUAUGCAAGGGGGGAGGGGAGGAAAGGAAGUCAGAAGAGGAAGAGGAAGAGGAGGAGGACUAUGAGCUGGGUGAUGAUGAUGAUGAUGAUGUAGAUAGUCCAGAUGAAAAAGAUUCAGAUAGCCCAGAUGAAAAAGAUGAUCCAGGGGAGGACAUUCAGGUGUUUGAAGAGCCAACCAACCAGGUACCCGGGCAGACAGGAUCACCUGUUAUCACGAUAAAUGAACCGAGCAUGGUUGCUCCGAGCGUCAAUCGCAGUGGCAGGAUGAACCUCUUUUCCCUCAUGCAGUCCAUCAGUGAUGAGGAUAAAGGACGUGAACAGCUGCAUGGCAGUCCGAGGCGGUCUCCAGUGCAGCGGAUGUGUAGCCAAGGGCGCCGGGGGCUGAUUCACCAGAGAGCAUGUGUGGAUGUUUCACCUGAACCACGAAGCCUGAGGGACGCCAGUCAGAGCAAACCCUAAAGUGUUCAAGGAGAUGGAAGAGCGGCGAGUUACGGGAGGACGGGCGACACUUAAAGAGGCAGAGGGGAAGAAAAAGAUGGCGUAUACACUGAUACGCUUUGGCUUUAUAUUUCAGAUUAUUUAGAUGAUGAAAGUUUUACUUUAUGUUUCAUUGCAUAUAAUAUAGCUGAUGGUGCACUGUUGAUAAAAGGAUCUUGCUGUAAUAUUGCUAUCCCAAUGAAAGGAUAUGUGAUUAUUAAGUCAUUAUCAGUGUCCAUUGCUGUACUAUUAUUAUUAUUAUUAUUAUUUGUUUUCUGUGUUUUUAGAACAUAUCCUACCACAUUCAGACCUAUUGGUCUCCUCCUUCACCCGUGUUCCCUCUUCCCUUCUUCAGCUCUCGCAUCACCCCUUCAGAGAUGAUAUCUAUGCAAUAACUGUUCUCCUUUUUCUUUUCCUCUGUAAAUAUGAGGCUGUAAGCUGCCACACCAAGGUAGGCUGUUUUAAAUUUGUUUUCAUAUUCUCUCUUAUUGCUCUCUCAUGUUAAUUGUCCACAGAUGAAUGGAUUUCACUUUAUUUAAGCUGUGCAUCACGGAUCAAGUCAGGGCCAGUUUCAUGGCACAGGCCUCUUUGCCAAACAGUGUGUGCCAAUUAUUAUAUUCAAUUACAAAUAUGUAUCAUGUCAGUAUGUUAAAAAACAAUGUCACCCAUUUUAUUUAAACACCAGGUGUAUGAGUGCCUUCAACCUGAGAAUGAAAUACGGAAUAUGAAUGACGUUGUGUUUUUACUAUGAGGAGGUGGCUGCCUAUUGUAUUGUGCUGUUUCUCUGAUUACAGUAUAAAUGUGACUGUGUAUGCAUAUACACACAGUAUAGAUGUAUCAACUAAUUAUUACUGGGUGCAUGUUAUGUGUUUUUUAUACCAACAUGUGAGAGCAACAUGUUCAGGGUUUUCUCAUGUAUUGGAUUGAGAUCAAUUAUUCAAAAUACUGUUUUCAGACUUAUGAUCACUGGAUGCUGAUGUGGAAUAGUCUGUUCAUGCUGGUAAUAUUUGUAUCCAGUGAACCCAAGCUAAAGCCUAUUUACUUAAUUUCACCUGCACUUUAUAACCCCAACACAGACACUGUCCCCACUGGCUGAGCCAACACCACACUGUACUAUGAAAAACUCUUUAAAUCGUGUCCACAUCUCUACGCCUUCUUGUUUUAAGCUCUCCAAUGUCUGCACCUCACUCCUGUUUACAACAAACACUAUGAGUGAACAAAAUAAAUGAUCAUACUCGAACCAAACACUUUGUUUCCGGAUUAAAUAAUACCCCAGAUGUCACCUUGUCAGAAGGCAGGACAUAAUUUAGUGUGAUUUACACUGCCAACAAAAUCUUUAUCUCUGAUGUCCAUUUAAAAAAUGAUCUCACAGGAUUAUAUUGGUUGGAUCGGAUUUACAUUCUGAUUUGAUCUGGAAAUUGGGUAUUGAAAAAACAGAUCCAAAGAUUUUUGAUAAUUUUGUAAUUCAGAUUUUUGUAAUCCAAUCCUACUUUUAAUACGGACAAAAUGCUGCAUUUAUGUAUUUCAAAAUAUAAGGCAGAAACCUGGAUCCAUUUGAUGCCAAAAUUAAGGAUCUGACCUCAGAGGUGGAUUAGAUGUAGAGUGACAAAUAACCCUGGCUUCACUUCUACCAAAUAAUACAAAAAUAUAUUUUUUAAAUCACAAUGUGCCCUAUUAAAAAAAUAGAAUAAAGUUCAACAGAAAUUAGCCUGUACAUCAGGGGUUGAAUAUGAAGCAAGCAGCUUUUCAUAGUCGUAGUAAAUUAUGUCCAAAGAAGUCAUAAAAAAGUCACAAUAGUAUGUAGAAAAAGUCAUAAAAAAGUGAAAAUAUAGAAUGUCAAAAAAGUAAUUACAAGUCAUAUGUGGCUAAAUAAAAGUUAGUUUAGUAUGUGGAAGAAAUACUAUGAAAAAAUUAGAAUAAAUUCCUAAUAAAGUAUGUCAGAAAAAGUAAUACAAAACUAGUAUAUAGCAUAUCGAAAGAAGUAAAAUAGAUUGUGAACAAAAUUAGAUAGCAUUGUAUGGCGAAAUAAAUCAUGGUAUAUUAUGUCAAAUAAGUAAUAGUAUAGUAUGUCCAACGAAUGUCAUGAAAAAAAAUCACUGUACAGUACUUCUCCAUCCUGCUAUUGUGUAGAUCUGUGCUGUUUGGGUAGCAACCAAAAUAAUGACGAGAAUAUUGUGAUUGUAAUAAAUAUUGAAUAGAUUAUUCUUUGGGCACUAAUUGUACAAUUUGAACCCAAGCCAUACUGAACACUGUAUACAUAAUAUAUGCAUAUAUAUUUGUUACUCGUUUUUUUACACAUAUUAUAUGGCUUCUGUAAUAUAAUCUGUUUUUGAUCUGCAUUGGCUGCAAUGUAUAUUUUCCCUGUAUUCACAUUUCACAAGUCAAAGGUCUUAUUGUGGUAUGUGUGAUUUGAAUAAAUAUCUAAAUUUCCAA